AUGGCUGAAGAAGAAAUAGAAUUACUUGAAAAAGUCGAACUUCGACUUGCGCUUGCUGAAACUGACGCUCAACUAGAAAAAAUCCUUAAUGCCUUUUUGAGUCCAAUACUUCUGAAGUUGGCAAGCCCUCAUGAAGUUGUACGGACCAAGGUUAUGAGUGUAUUAACUCAUAUAAAUAAACGAACUCGGUCAAAAAGUGAUAUCAAACUUCCGUUGAAUCCACUUCUUGAUCUCGUUUGUACCGACAAAGUCACUCAAUCAGCAUUUGUUAAAAAUUUUGCCAUAUUAUAUCUUGAAAUGGCUUAUUUCCGUUUAACAGAAGAGGUCUUGCAAAAAUUCAAGUCAAAACCUGCAGAUUCUCCUUCAUCAUUAGAUCCUUUUAAUUUCGCAGAAAAUCUAAAUGAUGCCAAGUUUUUGCUAGCAUCAUUUUUGGAUGUUAUUCUAUAUAAUGUACCACAACAACCAAAAUCACGACUUCAACAACCGACUGGUGGUGAUUCUAGCUCUGGGCAGCAAGAAGUAUCUCAAAAUUUGGCACAACUUCCACCACCGGAUUCAUUGCCUGAAGAAAUUCAUUUGGCUAAAUUUUUGAUCCUUUUGGUAGCUUCUUGUGAUUCUGUGAAUGAAAUUGUUGAUGGAGCUCAACAAGAAACAUCACAACAACCAGCAUCACCUGCCCUUAAACUUAAAAUAAUAGCUGAUGAAAAACUAGAAAUUCGAGAAAUGGCUUUACGUAAUUUGGCAUUUCCAGAUCCAAGGGCUCCCAAGUUGUAUCCAAAUGAACCGGAUGAAGAAAUUAAAAUUCCUUCUUUCUCUAAAAUGGUUAAUUUCAUUGAUGCAAAAUCAACCCAACGUACUCAACAUUUAAUCGAUGUCUUACAAACUAGCCAAUCUACUGGUCAAAUAUAUAUUAUGGGCUAUCGCUCUGAUGUAUAUAUUAAUAUAUUACGAUUCUUGAGACAUUUGAUGAUUAUCAAUGCAGACCCAACUGCCUUAAUUGAUGAUUUAUCCGAUGAAUUAGAUGGAGAAAUCAAGUUGUUUGACCCCAACACUCGAACAUUAGCGAAAGCUUGGAUAAAGGAUCAAUUAUUGGCUGAUCAAGAAUCUCAAGACGCUAUGGAUAUUGAUGAGCCUCAAGGUGGAUUACACAUUUACCUUCGUUUAAUCGAAAAGAGUUUGAAGACUGAAGGCAUGAUUGGCAAUGAAUUGAAAAGUGAUCCAGCGAGGAUUUCAUCUAUUCAAGAAUUGAUUAAAGAGCUUAUUGCUGUCGGCAAGGACCAGUCGAAACAGGUUGAACACCAUGAUGGAAGUAUUCUAGCAUUGGGAUACAUAAUUGGCCGUUUAACUUAUCGAUAUCCUUCUACAUAUCAAUCCAUCGUACCAGCAAAUCUUCUAUCCGAAAUAAUGGAAAUCAUUUCCGAAGAUUUAAAUUCAACAAAGAAUUCAAGCGUAAUUAACGCAUCUAAAGCAUUAGGUGAAACUUGUCGCUAUACAUCACUUUUAUUUGAGAAUUAUGAUAAGGGUAAAGGAAAAGAUGAUGACUCGUCUUCAUACAGCUACAAUUUAACUAAGAUCUUGGAGAAAUUAAUUACUAUUGCGAAAACCACCAAAGAUGUCAAGGAAACAGCUAUCGCAGCUCUCGGUCAUAUUGCUUUGGGAAAUUCGGAAUAUACCGAAAAAGUGUUAUCUUUAUUCUAUUAUUUAUCUUCUACUCUUAACAAGCAAGUCGAAGUACAUUUUACUGUAGGAGAAGCAAUUACAUAUGUCACAACAGGAUGGGAAAGUUUAGCGUUAAAUCAAUAUUUAGAUAUUGCAGAUUCUUCUCCUCCACCGAUUUCUGUUGACUAUUCAAUUAUCAAUGGGAUUUUAAACAAGAUAUUUUCCGAUUUAUUACCGUCUGGUAAGGCCGCCGUUAAAAAAGCCGGCAUAGGACUUGUAUAUGAAUUGGGUGAUGAAAAUAUGAGAAAACAACUUGUCGAUUCUCUUGUUGAUAUGCUUAGUGAAGGGAAGCGUCAGAAAGAGACUAUUAAUGCUGAUACUCAACUUUUUGAUUCAAAUACUCUUGGUCAGACACCUGAUGGGUCUGCCAUUUCCACUUAUCAAUCUAUCCUAUCUCUUGCAUCAGAUAUGAAUCAACCAGAAUUAGUAUAUAAAUUCAUGCAAUUAGCUAGUUAUAAUGCUAUGUGGCAAUCACGGAAGGGUGCUGCAUUUGGAUUUUCGUUUAUCAUUGCAAAAGCAGAGAAGGAAUUAGAACCUUAUUUGAAAGAUUUAAUACCUCGAUUAUAUCGAUUUCAAUAUGAUCCUAAUCCCAAAGUAAAUGAUGCUAUGAGUAGUAUUUGGAAAGCUUUAGUAAAAGAACCUAAAAAAGCAAUCGAAGAAUACUUUGAUGUAAUUGUCAAAGAUUUACUUAAGGUUCUAAGUAAUAAUUAUGAUUUAUAUGUCUACAAUUUAAAGGAAAGUGUACGUGUUGCUGCUUUUAAAACAUGUCGUGCGCUUACAAAGAUUACUGUGAAAUACUGUGAUCCUGAUAAUGUAUCCAUUGAUGAUGAUUAUCUUAGCUUCCAUGUUGAAAAAUAUGAUGUUACUCAAGAACAGAACUCUCGAUUAUCUGCUGCAAAAAUGUCUCCAAUGAUGGAGGGUAUAGAGUCAUGUAUUGAUUAUAUUGAUGAAAGUGUUAUGGUAAAUUUAACACCCAAGCUAUUACAACUUGUUCGUAAAGGUGUCGGUCUGCCAACGAAGGCUGGUUGUGCAAGAUUCUUGGUAUCAUUGUGUUUCAAAAAAGCAUCAAUAUUAAAACCACACGCAGAUACUAUAAUGAAAGCCUUAAGUGGUGCUAUUCUUGAUACGUCACCUGCAGUCAGAAAGUCAUACGCCGUUGCUGUUGGAUAUGUUGCCCAUUUAUCAUCGGAUAAUACUUUAAUUAGAUUAAUUGGACAUUUAAAGAAAGUUUACUGCGAAAAUAAUGAACAGGAAAUACGUUCUAUUUCAGGUAUAACUGCUCUGGAGAUUUCUAGACAUGCGUCGGACGAGCUAAAGCGGAUAUAUGUGGAAAUAUUACCACUUGCUUAUUAUGGCUUACAUGAUUCCGAUACAGGAAUUAAGAAUGUCUGGAAUGAAGUAUGGGACGAGAAUACUGCUGGCUCUACUAGUGCCAUUAAAUUGUAUCUUAAAGAAUUAAUAGAUCUUUUAUCGACUUUGUUGGAAUCACCUUCAUGGCAAACUAAACGCCAAGCUGCGGCGACAAUUGCAGAUGUUGCUAAAAUAAUAGAAAAAAGCUUAUUGCCUUAUAUGACGCAAGUUAUUCCAUUGUUAAUGAAUGGUUUAUCGGGAAGGACAUGGGUCGGAAAAGAGGCACUUGUUGAAGCACUUGUAACAGCUUCUAUUUCGUGUAAAGAAUAUUUUGAUGAUGAUAAUACACGCGUACAAUUGAAUGAUAUUUCAAAAAUCCUCGUACGUGAAAGCAAAAAAACAAACAAACUAUAUAAACGCCAUUGUAUUGACAAUCUAGGAAGAUUUGCAGAUUCUUAUAUUGAUAUCUUGGAUCUUUACACAGAUGUAAAAGAGUUUUUAAUUGAAUUGGCAACUGGUGAACAAGAUCCUAAUGAAAUGGACGAAGAUGACGCCAAUCAACAACCAUUAUUCUUCUUAGUUAAAGCAAGUGCGAUGAAAUGUCUUGGUUUAGUAUGGCCUAGACAAAAGGAAAUUCAAGAACUUGGUCUCGUAUUUGCCGCUUCUUUGGAAUCAAGUAAAAAUAUAUGGAAUGUUCGUCUUGGUGUUCUUGCAUCUCUCGAUAAAUAUAUUGAUAAAUUAGAUCUUACAGAGAAUGAUAAAACAUUGGUAUUGGAUGAAGGAACUUUGCUUUCUAUCUUCAACGGAUUAAAGAACGGACUGCAAGAUGCAAAAUACGUUGCAAUCCGUACGGCAAGUUUAGAAAGUUUCAAAAAAGUUAGUGAGAAAGUUAAAGAUAUUAUUAAGAUUGCAGAAAGCGACCCUGUGCCCGGCAUUUCUGAGUUAGCUAAAGAUAUACACAGAACUUUAUAA